ACGCCUCAGCCAAGGCGCCAAAAGCUUAAAAGGCGGCGGGAGGAGGAGAAGGGGAUACUUGCGCAGUUGCCUUUCCUACGUCAUUUCCAUAGAGGUUUAGCGGGGGAUUGGCUAGAGCGUCGCCGGAAACAGAAGUGCCCGUCCCUCUUUGUGUUCCCUCCGACUUCCUGGGGGAAGAAAAAAAGCAACGGGACGUUGUGUGUGUGUUCGUGUGUGAGAGAAAAUUCUGGUUGUGCGGAGCGAAGUCUGUCCGGGCCGGGGGCGCGCCGGGCCGGUGUGUCCCCCCCCUCCCUCCGCCCUCAGUCCGUCAUGGGGGACGACAUGGACGUCAUCCCCGAGCGGGAGAUGAAGGAUUUUCAGUUCCGAGCCCUGAAGAAAGUACGGAUCUUUGAGACUCCCGAAGAACUGCCCAAAGAGCGCUCCAGCCUUCUUGCAGUGUCCAACAAAUAUGGAUUAGUAUUUGCAGGUUGCACAGCCGGGCUGAAGAUCUUUCAGACCAAAAACCUUCUGAUGCAGAUCCAAGCUGGUGAUUCGCCGAAUAAAAUUGUUGAGGACGUGCAGAGCCUUUUUGUUCCCACAAAGUUCCGUGUGCACCAUCUGGCGCUCAGCUGUGAUAACCUCACACUCUCCGUCUGCAUGGCCUCCAGCGAAGUCGGCUCCUUCAUUGCUUUUUACGAUGUCCGCACCUUUGUGAAUCAGGCAAAACAGCAAAAGCGUCCAUUUGCCUAUCAGAAGAUGGCUGUGGCGCUGAUCAACGACCUGAAAUGGAACCCCAUGAACGCCUCUCUCUUGGCCGUCUCUCUGUCUGACGGAAGCGUCUCAGUCCUGCAGGUUACGGAUGGGGUGAAGGUGUAUGCCACUCUCCCUGCCUCGGUGGCUGUUACAUCAGUGUGCUGGAGUCCCAAAGGAAAGCAGUUGGCGGUGGGCAAACAAGAUGGCACUGUAGUCCAGUACCUACCAAACCUACAGGAAAAGAAGACUAUUCCCUGCCCUCCCUUCUAUGAUUCGGACAAUCCUGUCAAAGUCUUGGACGUCUUGUGGAUUGGCACCUACGUCUUCAUGAUCGUGUAUGCGGCGGCCGACGGCACUUUGGAGACCGCCCCCGAAGUGGUGGUGGCUCUCCUUCCGAAAAAGGAAGAGAAGAGGCCCGAGAUGUUCGUUAAUUUUAUGGAGCCCUGCUACGGCAGCUGCACAGAGCGGCAGCACCACUACUUCCUGAACUAUGUCGAAGAUUGGGACCUGAUCCUGGCCGCCUCGGCUGCUUCCGCAGAAGUCAGCAUCCUUGCAAGACAAGGAGAUCAGAACAACUGGGAGCUGUGGGUGCUGGAAGACUCGAGCCGGGCGGAGCUGCCCGUCACAGAGAAGAGCGACGACACUUUGCCGGUCGGCCUGGCCGUCGAUUACACAAACAACAUGCCCAUAACUAUCAGUGAGGAGAAGACUCUGGAUCCUGCUCCGGUCCUGCUCCUGUUGUCGACGGAUGGCGUCCUGUGCCCCUUUUUCAUGGUCAAUCAAAACCCUGGUGUUCGGUCUCUCCUUACGCCACCCGAACCUCUGUCUGCAGAAGGGGACAGAGGGGCGAAGUCAGCGGGAAGUACGCCUCCCGCUUCAGCCUCUCCUGCUACUCCUUCAAAAGUGGAAACGGCCCCGCCAGCUGCUGCUCCUCCGGCUGCAGCUUCAGCGUCAGGCACUGGAGCAACUGCCUUCUCCUUUUCGUCCACCGAUUUGAAAGCGACCGGGUCUGCUGGGGAUUCCUCUCAGCCCUAUCCGUUCCCACCAGACACUUCCAAGCCGCCUCCGCCGGCUUCCCAUCUAAGCGGAGCAGCCGUCUUCUCCUCGCCGGCUGCCUCCAAAGUGCCCCAAACGCCGGCACCGUCGGCUGGUCCCAUGCCAGGCUCUGCCGCCUCAUUCUCGUUCGGCUCUGGGGUUUUCAAAACCAGCGCAGAAAGCCCAGCGGGCCCUCCGGCCUCUGCCGCUCCUGUUGGGCCAAAACAAAGUUUUACCCCUUCGGCUUCCUCCGUCAAGGUUAACCUCAGCGAAAAGUUCACAGCUCUGGAAUCGUCUGCUCCCGUCGCCACCGCCGUCACCGCUGGCCAAAGCGCCGCCAUGUUCUCUUUCUCCCCGGCUGCAAAGCCGGCCUCUACAGGACCUCAGAUCCAGACUGUUCUGCUCUCCUCUCCAGCUGCACCAAUAAAGACUUCCACUCCAGUAUCUUCUGCUACGGUCCGUUCCUCUCAGAACGUUCCCUCGGCUUUCGUGCUCCAAAAAACAUCCAAGGUUUCUCCAGCUGUGUCCAAAUCAGGUUCUUCCCAGGCCCGUCAACCACCUCUGAGUGCUGGGACAGAGAAGCCGCUUCAUCAGUGGAAAGAUUCAGAUCCUGUCAUUGCAGGGAUCAGAGAGGAGAUCGCACACUUCCAGAAGGAGAUGGAAGAGUUGAAAGGGAGGACGUCGAAGGCCUCUUUCCAGGUGGGCACGGAGGAGGAGAAGAAGAUGCUGAGGACGGAGUCCAACGACCUUCACACCUUCCUCUUGGAGAUCAAGGAGACCACCGAGUCACUUCAUGGAGACAUCAGCCUCCUGAAGACGAGCCUGCUGGAGGGCUAUGCCGGGGUGGAAGACGCAAGAGAGAAGAAUGAGCGGGCUCACAACUCCGAGUACUUACACCUCCUCUAUAAGAAGCCCUUGGACCCCAAGAGCGAAGCCCAGCUUCAGGAAAUCCGCCGCUUGCACCAGUACGUGAAAUUUGCUGUUCAGGACGUGAACGAUGUGCUUGAUUUAGAAUGGGAUCGUCAUCUGGAGCAGCAGAAGAAGCAGAAGCGCUUAAUGGUCCCAGAGCGGGAGACUCUUUUCAGUGCCCUCACGAACAAUCGGGAGAUCAUCAACCAGCAGAGGAAGAGGCUGAGGCACUUGGUGGACAGCCUGCAGGAGCUCCGCUUGUACAACCAGACUUCCCCCUGGCAUCUCUCGGCUCCCCUCUCCUCCUCCCCCCACAGCAGCGUGCAAAGCCUUGACAGCGAAUUGGAGACCCUGAGCAAUGCCUUGACCAAAGCCACUCUGGAGUCUUGCAGUAAAGCAUCACCCAAAUCGUCAGCUAAACUGUCCUCGGUGAAGCAGUCACAGCUAAGGAAUUUCCUGUCGAAGAGGAAGGUGCCCCCUGUAAGGUCAACUGCACCAGCCAGCCUCAGCCAGUCGGCCUUCCUGUCUCUGAGAUACGACGAAGACCUGGACGAGGUCAGCUCUGCCUCUUCGGCCGCCCCGUCCUUGGAGAACGAGGACCUGGUUCAAAUCGCCGAUCGCGAGGAGCAGGAGGACGUGGCCCCCCUCCCCGUGCCCCGCCACGCCCCCGUGGUCCGGACCCCCUCGAUUCAGCCUGGGCUGAUGUCGCAGCCCCUUCCUCUCGGCAAGCCCCAGAUCCCAGCGGGAGCUUUAACAGCCACCCCGAAAAUCAUCCCCCAGGGGGCGGACAGCACCAUGUUGGCAACCAAGACGGUGAAGCAUGGAGCGCCCGGGCCGUCGGUCACCCUCCCGGCACCUCAGGCAGCCGCGGAAGCAGCCCUGAGGAGGCAGAUGGCGAACCAGAAUCCAGCCGUCGUGACUUCCUUGACAGAGUCGACUUUGAAGAAUGUCCUUCAGGUGGUGAACGUUCGAGAACUCAAGAAUAACGCUUCUCCGCCGGCGGUUUCUGCCGUCAUCGGGUCGUCAGUGCCUCACUCCGCCGCUCAAGCUGUCCACCAAGUUCUGACGAUGGUGGUCACAAAUCAAGACCCUCAGGGACCUCCAGCGGGCUCUUUUAAGGCUCAGCCUCUUCCCGGCUCCACGUCACCAGGAGUGGCAACCGUCGGGCAGAUCUCGGCUGGGAAAAAGACCUCCGGACAAGGGCUGAUGAAGGCCUUGACCACUGAGGCGGCUUCUUCUACGACAGCCACGCCAGUAACGGCUGCCCAGUUCAACAAGCCGUUCACGUUUGCCUCCGCGGGGUCUGGGCUCAACUUCACGGCAGCCACUUCUUCCCCGGCAGCUUCAGGCUCUGCAGGUUUGCAAGCCACUGCCACCCUGCCUACCAAGGAGCCAAACCAGCCUGACGCCUUUCCCCUCGGGGAGAAGGGGACCUUCGGGACCGCUCCGGAGAACUCCUUCACUUUGGCGCCCGCCAACCCCCCCAGCGCUUUGGGAGGCGGUGCGGAGAGCAGCGGCUCUGGCGAUCUGUGCCCAGCAAACGGCCCAAGUGUGGCCGCCUCCGUUCCUCCUGCCGCCCCUGCCAGAGUGGAGAGCUUUCUGUCGAAACGAGGCGACCCUCUUUUCCAGGGCCCGGUGGCGGGAGAAACUCUGGGGAGCUUUUCUGGACUAAGAGUCGGCCAAGCGGACGAGACCGGCAAAGUGGCCUCUUCCAAACCUCCCUCCGCUCCCGCUGCGGGCAGCCAGGUCCCCGAAGAUGCCGCCAUGGUGCCUUCUGGAUUUGCCCUCCCAGGCAAGGGGUCGGAGGCCGCCACGGCCCCCCCAGCGUCGACGGCUCCUUUGUCAUCUUCCGCCGCCACCACCGGCAGCAUCUUUGGCGACGUCCAGGUGGUCAUGACGGGGCCUCCUGGCACUUUUGGCCUCGGGGCGUCCACGGGCCCCCCAAAGUCCUUGUUUGCGUUUGGCGUCCGGGCGACCACCGCCGCACCUGCCUCGGCCGCUCCCUCGGCUCCUCUUCCGGCCACGACGACGCUCUCCUUCGGAAGCCUGCUGAGCUCAGCGCCACCAGCCACCGUCUCGUCGCAGCUGGAGAAAGAAGAGGACGAGGCGAAGACUACGCUGGCGCUGGAGCAGCCGGUUCAGAGCGAGGGGGCCGGGGCGGCGCUGUCGCCUCCAGCACCGUCGCAGCCUCUGGAACCUGCGCAAGAGCUUGCCCCCCCUUCGCCGGCAGAAGGCGAGGCGGGAAGCCCAGCUGCCUCUUCGCCGGACCCGUCCGCCAAAGAUGUCCCUCCGCCCGCUACUUCUCUUGGCCCAAAGGCUGAAGCAGCCCCGGGGGUCACUGCCUCAGACCAGCUCCCUCCGGCGACCUCGGCACCAGCCAACGCGGCCCCCCAGCCGGAAGAACCCGCCAGCCCGUCCGCCAACCCGAGUACUGCGCCCCUCCAGAGUCCGGCGACAGGAGCCUCUGCGUUUACGGCCACCACCGUCACCGCCAGCCCUUCCGUCUUUGUGCAGCCGGCCGUCUCGAGCGCCGCCUCUUCGGGCUCUGCCUUCAGCCAGCCGGCGGCCGACCCAGCAGCCACCCCGGUCUUUGGCCAGCUCCCCCCAGUGGCGACCACCUCCUCGUCGCCGUUCGGCCAACCCCCCGCGGCCACCCCAGCCUCCACCUCCACGGUGGCCACUCAGGGGGGAACCACCGGGUUUAACGCCUCCGCCUUUGGGGCUACCACCAUGUCCGGCUUUGGCCAGCCGGCCUUCGGGCAAGCCCCGGCCUUCGGGCAAGCAGCCAACACCUCCGGCGGCUUCACGUUCAACCAGGUGGCUUUUGGGUCCACUCCCACCUUCGGGCAGGCGGCCUCCGCCCCCGCCCCCCCGGCUUCCAGCAGCGGGGGCGUCUUUGGGGCCCCCUCCAGCACCAGCACCACCAGCUCCUUCUCCUUUGGACAGCCUUCCUCCACCCCUGGGCCCUUUGGCCAAAGCACCACGCCGGCCUUUGGGCAGAGCUCCAGCUUUGGACAGACGGGGUCAGUCUUUGGCGCCACAACCACCUCCGCCGCAUCUGCGACGGGAUUCAGCUUUUGCCAGGCCUCAGCCUUUGGUUCUAGCAGCCCGGGCACCGCGUUCGGGCAAGCAUCCAGCACCAGCGGCAACCUCUUUGGCCAGCAGACCUCGUCCAGCGGGGGGCUGUUCGGGCCCGGAAGCAGCGCGGGGAGAGGUGGAGGCUUCUUCAGCGGCCUGGGAGGAAAACCAAGCCACGAGGCGGCGAACAAGAAUCCUUUCAGUUCCACCAGCGGAGGGUUCGGCUCGUCGGCCACGCAGAAUACGUCCAGCCUUUUUGGAAAUAGUGGGGCCAAGACCUUUGGGUUUGGCACCACCUCCUUCGGGGACCAGAAGCCGAUGGGCACCUUCAGCUCCGGCGGAGGCAGCGUGGCGUCUCAUGGCUUUGGGUUCGCCAGCCCGACCAAAGCAGGUGGCUUCGGAGCUGCUCCAGUGUUUGGCAGCCCUCCCACUUUCGGGGGGUCCCCUGGGUUCGGAGGGGCGCCAGCAUUCGGUUCAGCCCCAGCGUUUUCAAGCCCUCUGGGCUCGACGGGAGGCAAAGUCUUCGGCGAGGGGACAGCGGCCGCCAGCACCGGAGGAUUUGGCUUCGGCGGCACAGCCAGCACUGCGUCCUUCGGGACGCUGGCGACUCAGAACACGCCAACCUUCGGAUCCCUCUCUCAGCAGUCCGGAGGGUUCGGCGCCCAAGGCAGCGGAUUCUCCGGCUUCGGGACAAGCGGAGGAGGCUUUGGCUUUGGCUCACCUAACACAUCCAGUUCUGGGUUCAGCGGCUGGAGAAGCUAAAGACAGAAGCCGAGAGACCUCGCCCGGCGGCUGUUGAGAGGACGGGAGCAGGUUGGGGCCCCCCCAGAGACCGACCUGAGUGAAAGGCUGGGGAUGAGGGCAUGUUUGAGGACCCACCUUUUCCGACUUCCUUUUUAUUUUAUUUUUUUGUACAAACAAAGUGUUGAAAAAUGCCUAUUUUUUUUAAACGGGGUUGUUACUCCUCCUCCCUAAAUAAACUAUUUUCUCUGCGUCCGUGCUGUUGACAUUCACGGCGGUGCUUGUGAAUCCA